UGAAUUCACACACCACUAGCUAAGCUAACUUGUAUGUUAAAAAAAAGAGUGAAUUGAAAGAAGAAAAAAAAGAAUGGCAGAAAAGAAACUAUACGAAGCUGCAACAAUUGGAGAUGUAGCAACACUCAAACAACUCCUCCAAACAAAUCAACCCCUUCUUGAGUUACACAAUGCAAUAAAGCAGGGACAAGAAAGCAUCGUGGCGGAGGUGCUGAAGAUCAACCCGGAGCUCGCUCUCGAGCUCGACUCCAAAAACUCGUCGUCUCUCCACAUCGCGGCCGCAAGAGGGAACGUGGGGAUCGCGAAGAGACUGAUGGAGAUAGCCCCGGAGAUGUGCUGGUGGCGAGACAGCCAUGAUAUGAACCCGCUUCAUGUUGCGGCCGUCAAAGGGAAUGAGGCGGUGCUGGAGGAGAUGCUUCGGCUGGAUUCUUUUGCGGCCUCGGCCAGGCUGCAUCGCGGACAGACUGCGCUGCACCUCUGCGUGAAACAUCGUCAGCUCGGGACGUUGAAGAUUUUGGUGGAGAACGUGGGAGACGGAGACCUAGUGAAUGCCAAGGAUGAUGAUGGAGAGACAUUGUUGCAUUUUGCUGUCAGGACUAAUCAACUUGAGGUUGUAGACUACUUGGAGAAAAGUGGGAAAGUAGAGAGGCUGACAAAGAAUUCGGGCGGCAAAACAGCGCUGGAUGUGUUAAACGAUAGCUUUGGAAAGGCAAGUGAAUAUCCAGAAAUGAAAAGAAUCCUGAAAAGAUUUUCAAGUCGUCCAAUAGCCCUAAACUUGCCGAUGUUCGCGGAGAUGACGAUGGUGGCGGCGGUCCUGAUAGCGACCAUGGCGUUCCAGGCGGCCGUCAGCCCCCCUGGCGGUGUAUGGGAAGAAACCAAGUUCAAUGAGACGAGCGGCGAAUGGUACAUAGCCGGGCAGGCAGUAAUGGCUACUGUACAGCCCCAUAAAUACAUACAGUUCAUUCAGGUUAACAUUGUGGCGUUCAUUUCGUCUCUCGUAGCAAUCUUGUUCCUCGCCACCACAGGCUCCUCGGACCAGUGGAUUUUCCCGGUGCUCGCGACCUUUUCGAUGCUGGUGUCGAUGGCAUCGAUCGGAGUAACUUACGGAUUUUCGUUGAUCUUGACGAAUCCUAACAUGGAAGAAUUUGGAUGGAGAACCUCUGUUAUCAUAUCAGUGGGGGUGUUCGCAGGAGUCAUGUUUUUUAUCUUUGUUGUAAGCUCUUUUAGAAGUGGGACGGGAAGAAUGAAACGAUUUUUCAAGAAGGCUGCUGGCCCGGCCACCUGCAACUUUGUGUAGCUGCCGCCUUUUAUUAUGUAUGUGUAUGUUACUUUGGAUUGGAUUUGGUAUGUUUUCUUGAACCCACAUGUUUCUUUUGUAGGCUACUACUAUUAUUUAUCAAUUGUAAUAACAAAGUAUUUAUUUUUGUUGUCUA